AUGAAGUUCUCCGUCGUCCUGGCUUCGGUCUUCGCCUCCACUGGCAUGGCCAUCCGUUACGGGCCUCCCGCGCCCAACAGCAACAGCUUGGCCAAUACCUGGGCUCAAACGCCCGCCGUUGUCUCGAACUGGGCUACUGGGACGCCUGUUGUCUCCAACCACCCACCUGCGGCCACGACCUCCGGCAACCCUGGUGACGGUAACGGCCACCAUAGGACAAACCCUAUGCAAGUCUUCUUUGUCCUCAUCAAGUACCUUGUUGAGCACCCCCAGAUGGCGAAGGACGAGAACUUCCACCAAAUCCUGCAGCAAAUUCAAAAGGAACACCCUAACAUGCAUAUCGAGCAACUGUUGGACCACCACCGCAACAACAACAACAACAACAACAACAACAACAACAACAACAACAACAACAACAACAACAACAACUUCCCCUGGAAUGCGUCCCGCGGCGGCCAAGGGGGCGUCGUCGUCACCACCUCGAGCACUUUCUCGGUGAUGCCUUCUGUGACCCAGGCCGCUCGUUAA